UUCAUUUUUAUAUUAUAUUUUGAUCAUUUCAUUGCUCAUUCUAUAUCAUGGAAACCUUUGCUACACAUUCUUUGUUUUCUUUUGGGCACAUUUUCAUGCUUAGUUUGUUAUGUUUUAUGGUUAGAAUUGAAGCUUCAAAAAGUAAGGCCUCUGCCAUAUAUGUGUUUGGAGACUCCACAGUAGACCCAGGAAACAAUAACUACAUAAACACAGCUUUCAAGAGUGAUUUUCCACCUUAUGGUAGGGAUCUUGCCAACAAAAGUCCUACUGGAAGGUUCUCAAAUGGGAAACUUGGCACUGAUUUUAUAGCUUCAUAUUUAGGCCUGAAAGAGUUGGUGCCACCAUAUUUGGAUCCAAAUCUUAGUGAUGAAGAGCUUAUGACAGGAGUUAGUUUUGCCUCUGCUGGUUCUGGUUUUGACCCACUCACACCAACUCUCGGAAAUGUGGUGCCAAUAUCAAAGCAAAUGGAAUAUUUCAAACAAUACAAAAAGAGGUUGGAGACUAAGCUUGGUAGGCAAAGAACUGAAAAUCAUAUGAAUAACGCAUUAUUUUUCAUAAGUGCUGGUACAAAUGACUUCGUUAUUAAUUAUUUUACGCUACCAAUACGAAGAAAAAGCUAUGACGUUGUAACUUACGGGCAUUUCUUGCUUCAAAAAGUCAAAGAUUUCAUACAGAAUUUAUGGACAGAAGGUGCUAGAAAAAUUGCUUUUGUUGGACUACCUCCAAUGGGAUGCUUGCCAAUCAUGAUCACCUUCAAUUCCAACAAUGCGCUUCUUGAACGUAGCUGUGUGGAUAAAUAUUCCGUUGUGGCAAGACAACACAACAUGGUGCUUCAACAUGAAUUGUUCUUAAUGCAACUCAAUUUCUCUAAUCCUCAUGAUCAUGGUGCUAAGAUCUCUUACAUUGACAUAUAUGGACCCUUAGUUAACAUGAUUCAAGGGCAUGGAAAUUUUGGGUUUGAUGAGGUUGAUCGUGGCUGUUGUGGAAGUGGUUUCAUUGAAGCAACAUUUAUGUGUAAUCGUAUUUCACAUGUAUGUUCUGAUCCAUCAAAAUAUGUCUUUUGGGAUUCAAUACAUCCGACUGAGAAGGCAUAUCAUAACCUAUUCGUCGCAAAUCGCCACAUUCUUGAUGCCCUCGUCAACGGCUAGGAUUCCUAGCUAUCCAAUAUUAUUAUUAUAUUUAUAUAUUCUUUUUACUUCACAAUUUUUCUGAUAUAAUUAAUAAUAAUGUCGUGUGUAUGAUAGACAAACAAAAGACAAAAAUAAAGUGGUGAAUGAAAACAUCCUUUUAUAUCUGAACUUAUAGAAGCUUCAUCAUUA